UUAUACUUCCAUGUUGUUCCCAUGUGUCUUUUAAACUGUAAUCCGGAUGUGCGUUGCUCUCCUGCGGCAGUAAACAGCAGCCUGCCCCGCUGACGUGGAGAUAGAGUUUCUGCACCAGAUCUACGGGUUUAUCCGCCUUUUUUCCUUCUCUCCGUCCAUUUAUCGACAACUUACCCAAAGAUAAUUCAACUAAAUGCUUGAUAUUUCGUAGAUUUGACAGAAUACUGGGUUUAAACGUUGUUAAAUAAGAUGGCGGACGAUGCUAGCAAGCCGUUCGCAGGUCUCGCAGAUGUGUCCAUAUCCGAGGACAUUGCUGUGGAAGGGGACAUCUCAGUGCCAGUGGGGACAUCCAGACGAGACGAGGAGCUGUCGACUCUGGAUGAGCCCGUGAAGGAGACUGUUCUGAGAGACCUAAGAGCUGUGGGGAAUAAGUUCGUCCAUGUGUUGUAUCCGAAGAGAAGCUCGGCGCUGCUCAGAGACUGGGACCUGUGGGGGCCUCUGCUGCUCUGUGUGACUCUUGCUCUACUGCUGCAGGGAGGGGCAUCUGACACACAGGACCAGGGAGGGCCACAGUUUGCAGAGGUGUUUGUGAUUGUGUGGGUCGGCUCCAUCGUCAUCACCUUAAACUCAAAGCUCCUCGGUGGCACGCUGUCAUUCUUCCAGAGCCUGUGUGUCCUUGGUUACUGCAUAAUGCCCCUCACUGCAGCUUUAGUCGUCUGCCGCCUUGUCCUCCUCCUGGCCAACAACGCCGUGAGCUUCGCAGUGCGCCUCCUAGUGGUCGGUGCCUCCUUUGGGUGGUCCACAUUCGCGUCAACUGCUUUCCUUGCAGACAGCCAACCUCCCAAUCGCAAAGCACUGGUGGUCUACCCCGUUUUCCUCUUCUACUUUGUCAUUGGAUGGAUUAUCUUAACUUUUUCGCCAUAGAAACUAAUUUAAACUAAAGACAAUAAAGUUCCCAUUUUAGGCUUUUUUCAACAUUGUAUUUUUCACGUUUUAUAUCCAACAGUAAUCUGGAAACCUCUCCUUUUCGGUAAUAACUUGGAAUCUCGCAUUCUGCUGUUGAGGUUGAAAUUCCAGUGAAGAGGGGCAUUUCCACGGUUCAAUAGAUUACGUUCAUGUGAUAUCAGCACAUUGUAGAAUCUCUAUAUUUUAAAACUGAGCUGGAGACGGGUCAGGAUCCUCAGGUGGAGUUUGUUGUGUAACUGUCAGAUUGCAAAUUUGUUGACCUGGUAUAAGGUGCAUAUCUGUAAUUACUGGGGCUAUCCACAUCAAACAAAAACUGACACAAAAUUCAUCAUCUUCACUGUCAGAAUAAAUAAACAAAAGUGAUUUUUUUUUUUCACAAUAGAUUCAUAAAGUGGUCCCAUUACUCAACCCCACAUACAUGAUUUUCAGUUGAAAGAACUUUAAGACAUACGUUUGUGGAGCAAGUCCUUAGGUCAACUGAAUAACUUUUCUGGUGGAUGGUCCGCCACUUGCUUUGUUUUUAUGGAGAUGUUUUUGCUUUGUCUAGAAUCAAAGUCUAGAGAUUAAACCCGCGUGUUUCAAGGGAAAUAACUUUGCUAAUUUACAGGUCAGAUCUGUGGACUGUCGUCCGUAUUCCCAGAGAGAAUUACUGUAUUUCUGAGCUAUAGAAACAACCGUAAUGAAUAAAUGCUAGAUGGAUAAGUUUAAUGUUAUAUUCCAGGCAAUGCAAAAACAUCUCCAUGGAGAUGGGCCCUCCCACCAGAAAAGUUGCGCAGUGUACCUUUAACAAAUAAUGAGAUUCAACAUUUGUGAAUCAGAAAUUUCCAGAUUUCUUUCAAAAACAGGAAAUCUCCCAUUGAGUUAUAUAGGCCCCUGCCCUCCAUCUGAAAUUACAUCAUCUAAUUCUAUAACAUGAACGCAAUCUAUUGAAAUAAAUAUGUUUUUGUGCAGGAGUCAACCGAAGGAUUACAAACAUUCAAAAACAUGUAUUAUGGCCUGACUAUGGGAUUUAUGAACAAAGCUCUUUACCAGAUCUGCCUUUAAAAUGACUACUGACACUGAUGGAACACUAAAGGACGCUGUUGUUUGCCCUAUUUUGCUGGAGGUGGAUAGAAUGUUUACAACUGUGGAAAAUAAAAAGUCUAAAAUUGUACAUAUGGGGGAAAAGGGUUAUGAAUGUCUUCCAUAGCAAUAUUUUUAUGUUUUAUUAAUCUAAAAGUUCCUUUCUGAGGGGGUGAGGCUGUAAUCUUGAAGACGUUUUAAUUCAUAUUCAAAUAUUUGGAGACGCAGACAGGAGCAUUUCUUUCUUUUAUGAAUGAUAAAGCCAAGCUAAAGUGGCAAACAGAUAAAAUGUCUGCAUGGUCUGUUUGUAUCAAAGCAAAUAUGGCUGCUAACAAGGAAAAAAGAAAAAUGUAAUUUAAAAACAUUACAGAUUUCUGCAGAUUCAAAGAACGAAGCAUUAAACUCUGUUAAUCUGUGGUGAGAGAAGUUAUUAGUGAUAGGUGGCUGAUGACUCACAUGCAUCACCGAAAUGAACAAAUC